UCAGGGACUGUAGGGCUGAUCCUCUUGUUCUCCCCCUCCCCUCAUCUCACCCAGGUAAGCUCUGACGAGGAGGAAGCCGGAGGGGAGCUGCAGCUUCAUGACACCCCUGCAGACAUCUCCUUGGAGGCGGCAGCGAACACCGUGGCCUUUCACCCCAGUCGGGACAUCCUGGCUCUAGGAGAUGUGGACGGAGACGUUUAUGCGUAUUCCUACUCCUGUCUGGAAGGUGGGAACAAGGAGCUCUGGUCCUCAGGACAUCAUUUAAAAUCCUGCAGAGAAGUGUCCUUUUCCCACGAUGGACACAAGCUCUUCACAGUCUCCAAGGAUAAAGCCAUCCAUAUCUUGAGUGUGGAGGAAGGCCGUCUUCUGACACGCUUCUCCAAGGCUCACAACUCUGCUCUGAACAGCCUGCUGGUGGUGGACGAACACUUGCUUGCCACUGGAGACGACAGUGGGGAGCUGAAGGUGUGGGACCUGCGCAAGGGCACCUCCGUCAUGGAGACGAAGCAGCAUGAGGAGUACAUCAGCGACAUGGUCCUGGAGGGCAACAGGAGGCUGCUGCUCACCACCAGUGGGGAUGGAACGAUGGGAGUCUUCAACAUCAGGAGAAGGCGCUUCGAGCUGCUCUCAGAGCCUCAGAAGGGAGACCUGACGGCCAUCAGCCUGAUGAAGAGAGGAAAGAAAGUUGCCUGUGGCUCCAGCGAGGGGACCAUCUACCUCUUCAACUGGGACGGUUUUGGCGCUACCAGUGACCGCUUUGCGCUGCAGGCGGAGUCCGUCGAUUGCAUGGUUGCCGUCACAGAGAGCAUCGUAUGCACGGGCUCCACAGACGGAGUCAUCCGGGCAGUGAACAUCUUGCCCAAUCGGGUGAUUGGCCGUGUUGGGCAGCACGCGGGGGAGCCCAUCGAGCAGCUCGCCCGGUGCGCCCUGGGCCGCUUCCUGGCGAGCUGCGGCCACGACCGGAGAGUGAAGUUCUGGGACAUCUCCGGACUGCACUCAGUGAUCGUGGACGAUUACCGGAAGAAGAAGAAGAAAAGCGGGCAGCUGAAAUCUCUGAGCCGCAAAGCCUUUGGGAGCGGAGAAGAUUUCUUUGCAGACUUGAGAGAGGAGGCGGCUGGCCCAGGAGAGGGAGAGGGGGACGGUGCUGCCGCCAGCAGCGACAGCGACUGAGGCCGGCACGCCGGUUGCAUUCGCCGGGUUUGCUCCCACACAGGCACGCUUGCUGGCAUGGGCUGCCAAGAGGCCCCUCCUGCCUUGCUCAGGCGCCCCGCGCCCGUGCACAGGAAAGGGGCUUUGGCGGGCAGGCAUGCCACAAAGGGACUGCCCCCGCCCCCAGGAGCAGCAGACUGACCCGGGAGAGGAGCAGGUUCCCUCAUGGAGGGGGGCUCCCUGCUCGGCUCCUCCCACCGCAAGUGACAAGUCCCACCACACAGCAGCUCCUUCCCACACGGGGGUCUCCCCGGGGGAAGGCGGCAGGAAGGGGAGAGCUGCAGCCCGGCCACCCCUGCGUGUCUUCAGGCUCCUGGCGCUUCAGGGCGAGCCCUUGUGGGAAUGUGCCCAAAGGGCUGGCGGCGGGUGGGUUUGCGCAUCGCCUUGCCUUCGAUGUGUAAAGCCCCAUCACCAUGGAGGGGCUUCCCGUCAGUAUCCUGCUGCUCUGAGGGAGCUUCCACUGGUCUGUCUAGAUACAAAAAGUCCGCCGUUUUCUUAGCACUGAUUUUGAUAUGUGGAUUUGUAUGAAAUGGGACUUUUUAGGAAGUAUACAUGAGCCUGUAACGUGUACCAAUGCAUUUGAAGCUGCUCCCUCUUUGCUACUGUUCAUGUAUUGAAAAUGGUGCAAGGUCCCCACUCAGCUACCUCAUAGGUGGUGAGGUUUAUCCUUCUGGUUUCUUAAUAGCAGUUUUUAAGGCACUAAAAGCAUACACAGAACCCAUUUUCUUUUCCAUUUGUUCAUUUCCUGUUCCUUUAAAAGAACAUUCAUGUAUAAAGAUGCAGUGCCUUAUCACAGGCUUUAAAUGCUUCAGCUGCACAGCACCACCAGCAGUGGCUGAAUUCGACCAUCCCGUAAGGUGGAGGACAUGGCGGCAUCGGACAGGCCAGUGCCAAGCGCGGAUCCAUUUUGUGGUGACGCCCAUUGCAGUUUCUCAAAUUCCCAGACUAGCCCAAGGAUCUGGAAGUGCCAUGGACUCACAGUGCAAAUCAAAUUCAUUGCAAAUCAGGUUUUGCAUAUUUUAGAAAUGGAGACUGCACAUUCAUUUAUUUCAAAACAAUUUUAAUAUUAAAGUACCCAUGUUUCCA